GAAUAAGUAUAAAUAUACUUUUGCAAUUUGUAUUAAAAAUACUCCUUACAUAUCAAAAAUAUGAAAAUAUUAACAUCUCAAAUUAGCGUUCCCAAAUUUAAAUCUGAAAUCUAAACUUAUACAUAUUUGAUAGAAGUAAAAAUGAAAUUUCUCAUAAAUGAUUUUCAUAUAAUUUUGAAUAUUUAAACUAAGAAAUUCUAAAUGCAAUGAACACGUUGUGCUGACAUCAUUAAUCACACUUGUUGACGUAAACAUGAGCGAGAAAAAUACGAAGAAAAACAAUAAUAAUAAUUAAAUAAUAGGACGAAAAAGAAUCAAAGAGACGACGACCAAGUCAAGGCUCAAAGGGGUUAGUUACCUUUUCCUCUAAACAAUCUAUUUUCUUCUCCUUCUUCUUACGUUGUUGUUGAGAAGAAGGAGACGAAGCGAUCAGAUAAUCUCUCUACUUACUCCGAUUCGCCGGAGAGAAGAGCCAUGAAAACCUCUCUCCGCCGCUUGCGAGGCGUGCUCCACAAACACGAAUCCAAGGAUCGGAGAGAUCUUCGAUUCCUCGUUCAGCAGGACGAGCUCGCCCAGGCUUCGCAGGACGUGAAAGAGAUGAGAGAUUGCUAUGAUAGCUUGCUCUCUGCUGCGGCUGCUACUGCUAAUAGCGCUUAUGAUUUCGUUUGCUUGCAGAAUUUUCUGAAUCUUUGCGAGAACUAGGUGCUUGUCUUCUUGAGAAAACUGCACUUAAUGACGAUGAAGAAAGUGGUAAAGUGUUGCUUAUGCUGGGAAAAUUGCAGUUUGAACUGCAAAAACUUGUUGAUAAAUAUGUGAGUUUUUCAGAUCUGGUUCAACUGAUAAUAUUUCCUUUGUCUAACCACCAGAAAAUCAAAUAUACAUUUUUGAUUCAGCGGUCUCAUAUAUUCCAAACGAUCACAAUCCCCUCAGAGUCACUUCUUAAUGAACUCCGCAUAGUUGAGGAAAUGAUGCGGCUUUGUGAUGAGAAAAGGAAUGUUUAUGAAGGCAUGCUUACAAGACAAAGAGAGAAAGGGAGGUCGAAGGGUGGGAAAGGAGAAACUUUUACGGCGCAGCAACUACAACAAGCUCAUGAGGAAUAUGAUAACGAGACAACAUUAUUUGUUUUCCGUUUAAAAUCUCUGAAACAAGGGCAAACACGUAGUCUUUUGACUCAGGCAGCACGGCACCAUGCAGCUCAGUUAUGCUUCUUCAAGAAGGCUCUUAAUUCCCUUGAAGAAGUAGAGCCGCAUGUACAGAUGGUAACCGAGUCGCAGCAUAUUGAUUACCAUUUCAGUGGAUUGGAAGAUGAUGACGAAAUCGAAAACAAUGAAGAAGAUGAUUCUGAGGUGAAUGAUGAUGGAGAACUGAGUUUUGAGUAUAGAAUGAAUGACAAGGACCAAAAUGCAGAUUCUUCACCUAGUGUCUCCUCACAGUUGGGUCAGUCAGACAUCACAUUUCCACUAGUUGCAGGACUAAACACUGCACAGCAGGAAAAUAAGGAAGCAAGCUACGGGAGAUCUCGUUCUUACAGGAGAGAUGUUAGGAUUGAGAGCCAAUCAGCACCCCUUUUUGCUGAGAACCGGACAAUGCCUCCUUCAGAGAAGCUCUUACGGAUGCGUUCAUCUCUGACACGAAAAUUCAGCACGUACGCAUUGCCAACACCUGUGGAAACAGCUAGAAGUUCCUCAUCUAUUACAAGUCUAGCUAACAACAACAACAACAUGGCUUCAUCUAAUCCCGCAAAGGCAAUAACAAAAAACAUUUGGUAUUCAUCCCCACUGGAAGCUCGUGGACCUGCAAAGGUUUCUUCUAGACCGAUGUCAGCCUUGAAAGAACAAGUUCUGAGAGAGAGUAACAAGAACACAUCUUCUCAGCUGCCUCGGCCUUCGUCAGAUGGACUCUUUUACUCUCGUAUCGGGUCACUCAAGAGACGAUCCUUUUCCGGUCCAAUUACAAGUAAACCAUUACCUAACAAGCCUCUCUCUUCAACGCCUCGUUUAUACUCAGGUCCAAUCCCAAGGAGUUCAGUUUCCAAGUUGCCAAAAGUGUCGACAUCAUCUCCAACUGCUUCUCCUACAUUUGUCUCAACCCCGAAAAUAAGCGAGCUCCAUGAGCUUCCUAGACCACCAUCAAGCAGCUCUGCUAAGUCCUCGAGGGUAUUUGGAUAUUCAGCACCUCUGGUUUCGAAGAGCCAAUUGCUUAGUAAACCUCUUGUUUCAAGUUCAGCAGCUCCUCUCCCAAUACCACCUGCAAUCACUCGUAGCUUCUCUAUACCUACUAGCAACCUCAGAGCAACAGAGUUAGACAUGUCUAAAACGAGUUUGGGUGCUAAUAAGUUAAGCACUGCCUCGCCUCCUUUAACCCCGAUGUCAUUGAGCCAUCCACCUCCUCCCUCUGCUAUUACCGAGCACGCAGAGCACCUAACCAUGUCCAAAGAAGAGAGGACUAGGAAGACAUUCCCUCUAGUUACAGAUAUGUAAAUACCCCCUCCUGUUUUUUUCUUCAAGAGAGAGUCGAACAGUGAUAAGGAAUUGCCAAGUAAUUUUGCUUUUCUAUAAUUUAUUCAUAGGUUUGUAACAUUACGAUUAUUUAUUGAAGUCAGUUAUAAGAUUCAAAACUGAAUUUUGAAAUAAUAUACUUGUUGAAUUAA